CCUUCUACCGCCGGAGCCCCGAGAACCCGGAUGAGGGCGCCCUGUUGGGGCGUCUUUGAGAAGCGGCGGCGGGUGCUGAGGUGGUGGAUGCGGGCGUGAGCGGAUAGCUGAAGUGCACCGACGUCCCCUCCUCCCCCGAAGCUGAUCUGCGGAUCUCAUCCCCGGGCCUCACCCCUCGCCUUCCCCAAACCCGGUCCACUCCCCUUUCAUUGCUCCGGGAGCCCUCGGGGCUGUUUUCCCUUUGGGAACGGAAAGGUACCGCAGAGGCUUAGAGAGGGGAGGAAGGUGACAUCAGUUUGUGCAUCUCCCAGACUAGCACCGAGGCACUGCUUGCCGCUCAGGCCCCGUCGGAUUGCCUCUCCUCCGGCAGCUCAGCGCGAAGGUGUGAACUCAGCUUCCUUCAGAGCCUCCCCGCCAUGACCUCCAAGAAGCUGGUGAACUCAGUGGCAGGCUGUGCCGACGAUGCCCUUGCUGGCCUGGUGGCCUGCAACCCCAGCCUGCAGCUCCUGCAAGGCCACCGAGUGGCCCUCCGUUCUGACCUGGACAGUCUCAAGGGCCGGGUGGCACUACUGUCGGGUGGGGGCUCUGGCCAUGAGCCUGCCCAUGCCGGGUUCAUAGGGAAGGGCAUGCUCACAGGGGUCAUCGCAGGAGCCGUGUUCACCUCCCCGGCAGUGGGCAGCAUCCUGGCCGCCAUCAGGGCAGUGGCCCAGGCGGGCACAGUGGGGACCCUCCUCAUCGUGAAGAACUACACUGGGGAUCGGCUCAACUUCGGCCUGGCCCGGGAGCAGGCCCGGGCAGAGGGCAUCCCCGUGGAGAUGGUGGUCAUUGGGGACGACAGCGCCUUCACCGUCCUGAAGAAGGCGGGCCGGCGGGGGCUCUGUGGCACGGUGCUCAUACACAAGGUGGCAGGUGCUCUGGCUGAGGCAGGUGUGGGGCUGGAGGAGAUCACGAAUCGGGUGAGCGUGGUCGCCAAGGCCAUGGGAACCCUGGGAGUGAGCCUGUCCUCCUGCAGCGUCCCUGGUUCCAGACCCACCUUUGAGCUCUCAGCCGAUGAGGUGGAGCUGGGCCUGGGGAUCCACGGGGAGGCUGGCGUGCUCCGGAUAAAGAUGGCAACCGCCGACGAGAUUGUGGCACACAUGCUGAACCACAUGACAGACUCCUCCAAUGUGUCCCACGUGCCCGUGCAGUCUGGCUCCUCAGUGGUGCUGAUGGUCAACAACCUGGGUGGCCUCUCAUACCUGGAACUGGGCAUCAUAGCCGACGCCGCUGUCCGCUUUCUGGAGGGCCGCGGGGUGAAGAUUGCCCGUGCCCUGGUGGGCACCUUCAUGUCAGCCCUGGAGAUGCCUGGCGUCUCUCUCACCCUUCUGCUGGUGGACGAGCCCCUCCUGAAACUGAUAGAUGCCGAAACCACCGCAGCAGCCUGGCCUAACGUGGCCAAGGUCUCUGUGACUGGGCGGAAGCGGAGCCGGGCCGCCCCUGCCGAGCCCCCGGAGGCUCCUGAUGCCACUGCUGCGGGAGGCGCGACCUCGAAGCAGAUGGUGCGUGUGCUGGAGCGGGUGUGCGCCACCCUCCUGGGCCUGGAGGAACAGCUGAACGCCCUGGACCGCGCUGCCGGCGACGGGGACUGCGGCACCACCCACAGCCGUGCCGCCAGAGCGAUUCAGGGCUGGCUGAAGGAGAGCCCACCACCCGCCAGUCCUGCCCAGCUACUCUCCAAAUUGUCCCUCCUGCUACUGGAGAAGAUGGGAGGCUCAUCUGGGGCACUCUACGGCCUGUUCUUGACUGCGGCGGCCCAGCCGCUCAAGGCCAAGACUGACCUUGCAGCCUGGUCUGCUGCCAUGGAUGCCGGCCUGGAGGCCAUGCAGAAGUACGGAAAGGCUGCCCCAGGGGACAGGACUAUGCUGGAUUCCCUGUGGGCAGCAGGACAGGAGCUCCAAGCCUGGAAGAGCCCGGGGGCUAACCUGCUCCCAGUCCUGACCAAGGCAGUCAAGAACGCAGAGGCUGCAGCGGAAGCCACCAAGAACAUGGAAGCUGGAGCUGGAAGAGCCAGUUAUAUCAGCUCUGCACGGCUGGAUCAGCCAGACCCCGGGGCAGUGGCGGCCGCUGCCAUUCUCCGUGCCAUCCUGGAGGUUCUGCAGAGCCAGGGGGCAUGAAAGCCUCCCUGGGGCUCAGUGCCUCCUAUUGCUGUGCACAGUGGUCACUGUCACUUAUUUCUGCCUUCCAGCUGUUGCCCUCCCCUGCCUACCCUCAGGGUCAGUCCUCUGAGUUCAGCAGGAAUCCCUCAGGCAGCAUCCAGAAUUACUCCACUGUAGACACUGCAGGCACUACCCUUUCCCUCUUCAGGGAGGGUGGAGUCCUAGGGUCACCGGCUGUCCCCAGCCAACCCUGGGCUUCCAUGAUAAGGCCUUUCUGUGGGUGACAGCGCAGCCCUUAACAGGCAAUGCGAAUUUGGUUUUAAGACUCCCUGUGAAAGGGCUUCUGUACCUGAGCUGAGCCAGUGUGGAGAAGCAAGUCAAUAAACCACACGGAAGCCAAAGA